ACAAUCAUGAAGGACCGAUGUUGUAUGGUACCGAAGCACUCUGGACAUAAUGUGCUACCGAAUAGUCCUCUCUUUAGUCGGCUUCUCCGAUUUGCCAACCGGACGACUACGCGCAUAGCUAUUAACGAUGUUCGGUUGAACGUGCAGAAGACACAUCUAGAGUUACUCUCGGAUGUGUUGGCCUUGAGAGAGAGGCUUCUCAGCACGUUGACGAAUGCGAUUCGUGAGGCGCUGAAUAGGCGGGAGGAGGUAUACAUCGCCGUCAUAGCACCAGGAGGCUACGAAUACACAGUAGCGGUAUUAGCAAUACUUGCCCUUGGAGCUGCUGUAGUACCACUGACUCCAGCCUUACCCGUAGAAGAGGCAGUCUACUUCAUCGAGAAGUCAAGAGCAGUGCUGGUUCUUGCCAGCUCAUCGAACAUGAAAAAGUGUCGCGACCUGGAAAUUCGGAUUGCAUCGAUGAGUAACAAAAGCUUUCAAGCUGUAGUCAUUCAACCGCCAAAUGCUCGUCCUACCCUCAAGGCUGGAGAAAUCAUCAUCUCUUCCGACCGUACCAUGGAUGAAAAUGCGCCUGCCGUGGUCAUUUUCACUAGUGGGACUACCGGCCCACCUAAAGGUGCAGUCAUGCGAAGAUCUUUUGUCUUCGACUGUGCACUCGAAGUGGCGGAUCACUACCAGCUAAUAGAAGACGAUGUGGUUUUGCACGUUCUUCCGGUGCAUCAUGCGACGGGUGUCGGCAUCAACUUUUUUCCAUCUCUUGUAGCUGGUAGUUGUAUCGAGUUUCGCAGCGGAGGCUUUGACGAAGAGCGAAUGUGGGAGCGAUGGAAACAGGGCGCUUCCGACACCAAACAACGAAUUACUGUCUUCUCUGGUGUACCUACUAUAUACAUGAGGAUGAGACGGUACUAUCAACAGCGAAUAAGCAAGCUACCUGCAGAUGAGAUAGCAAAGUAUGUCGCGGGCGCGAGACAGUUUCGAGCCUGCUUAUGCGGAACAUCAGCACUACCGCAGCCACUCGACGACUUUUGGAAGCAUCUGAUGCAAAAGCCGAUCCUGCAACGAUACGGAGCUACCGAGUUUGGGGCUAUCUUCAAGAUGCGCCUCGGCGACGAGUGCGUCCCAGAAGGUUCAGUUGGUGAACUCGCCAGCGGCGUUGAUGCCAAGCUAUCCGGAGGAGACGAAGGAGAGGUGCUCGUGAAAAGCCCACAUAUGUUCUCAAAGUACCUGCGUGAUCCUGAAGGAACUGCAAAAGCUCAUGAUCGAGAUGGAUACUUCCGAAGCGGCGACAUUGCGCGACGAGAGGGCAAAUAUUACUUCAUUAUCGGUCGGGCGUCUCUAGAUAUCAUCAAGUCGGGCGGAUACAAGAUCUCGGCUCUGGAUGUCGAGCGCGAACUGCUCAGUCUGCCAUAUGUAGCUGAAGCCAUGGUAGUCAGUGUACCAGACGAGGAGUACGGGCAGCGCGUCGCUGCACUGGUGUCGCUUCAGAACGAGGAAAUGCCUGCGGAAUUCUUGAGUGGCAGCGAUGCGUCCCAGCACGCCUUGACGAUCGACGACUUGCGACGAGACCUACGGGAAAGGCUAGCUGGGUAUAAGCUACCCACGCUCCUGAGGAUUGCAGAUGGCGAAUUUCCAAAGACAGUUACAGGCAAAGUGCAGAAAAAGAUUCUUGGGCCUCGCUUCUUCCCUGCAGAUUAUCAUUGGCGUCAAGAAGUACAAAAAUGGGACGCGCGAUCUCCGAAGACCUUGGCGAAGCUUUGAUCUUUCGGGCUCAUCGUACCGAAGAUUCUUCUGCGCGUCAUCUCGAUUGAGCUGAAUGAUCAACGUAUGGUCGCAAUCGCGCAUACACAGAUGUUUGCGGUUCAUUAUUGCAUGAAAGAAAAGUAAAUGUACCAUUCCAGUGCGGU